GUCGUGGGGCCGCCGACGACCCGCCCCGCACGACGCGCGCGCGCGACGACCCCGCACGCGCCCGCCCCCCGCGCCGACCCCGCCCCGCCGUACGCGCGAACCCCCGCGCCCCCCCGCCCCCGACCCCCGACGCGCGACCGAACCCCCCGCCCCGCGCCACCCGACCCGCCGACCCCCGCCGCCCGCGACCCCGCCCCCGCCCCCGACCCCCCGACCCGCCGCCCCCCCCCGCCCCGCGCCGACGACCCCGCCCCCGACCACCCCGCCCCCCCCCCCGCCCCGAACCCCGACCCCGCCCCCCGACCCGCGCCGACGCCCCCGACCCCCCCGCGCCCCGCCCCCGACCCCGCCGACCCCCCGACACGACUCCCCGACGACCCGCCCCCGCCCCCGCCCCGCCCCCCCACCCGACCCCCCGACGCCACCCCCCCGCGCCCGCCCGCGCGCGCCCCCGCGACCGCCCCGCCCGACGCCCCCGCCCGCCCCCGACCCCGCGCCCGAACCCCCGACGCCCCGCCCCCCCCCCCUCCCCCCCCCCCCCCGCCCCCCCCCCCCCCGCCCCCCCCCCCCGCCCCGCCCCCCCCCCCCCCCCCCCCCCCCGCCCCCCCCCCCGCCCCCCCCCCCCCCCCGCCCCCCCCCCCGCCCCCCCCCCCCCCCCCCCCCCCCGCCCGCCCCCCCCCCCCGCCCCCCGCCCGCCCCCCCCCCCCCCCGCCCGCCCCCCCCCGCCCCCCCCCCCCCCCCCCGCCCCCCCCGCCCGCCCCCCCCCCCCCCCCCCCCCCCCCCCCGCCCCCCCCCCCCCCCCCGCCCCCCCCCCCCCCCCCCCCCCCGCCCCCCCCCCCCCCCCCCCCCCCGCCCCCCCCCCCCCCCCCGCCCCCCCCCCCCCCGCCCGCCCCCCCCCCCCCCCGCCCCCCGCCCCCCCCCCCCCCCCCCCCCCCGCCGCCCCCCCCCCCCCCGCCCCCCCGCCCCCCCCCCCCCCCGCCCCCCCCCCCCCCCCCCCCGCCCCCCCCCCCCCCCCGCCCCCCCCCCCCCCCGCCCCCCCCCCCCCCCCCGCCCCCCCCCCCCCCGCCCCCCCCCCCCCCCCCCCGCCCCCCCCCCCCCCCCCGCCCCCCCCCCCCCCCCCCCCCCCCCCCCCCCGCCCCCCCCCCCCCCCCCGCCCGCCCGCCCCCCCCCCCCGCCCCCCCCCCGCCCCCCCCCCCCCGCCCCCCCCCCCCCCCCCCCCCGCCCCCCCCCCCGCCCCCCCCCCCCCCCCGCCCCCCCCCCCCCCCGCCCCCGCCCCCCCCCCCCGCCCCCCCCCCCCCCCGCCCCCCCCCCCCCCCCGCCCCCCCCCCCCCCCCCCCCCCCCGCCCCCCCCCCCCCCCCCCCCCCCCCCCCCCCCCCGCCCCGCCCCCCCCCCCCCCCCCCCCGCCCCCCCCCCGCCCGCCCCCCCCCCCCCGCCCCCCCCCCCCGCCCCCCCCCCCGCCCCCCCCCCCCCCGCCCCCCCCCCCCCCGCCCCCCCCCCCCCCCCCCGCCCCCCCCCCCCCCCCCCCCCCCGCCCCCCCCCCCCCCCCCGCCCCCCCCCCCCCCCCCCCCCCCCCCCCCCCGCCCCCCCCCCCCCCCGCCCCCCCCCCCCCCCCGCCCCCCCGCCCCCCCCCCCCCCCCCGCCCCCCCCCCCCCCCCCCCCCGCCCCCCCCCCCCCCCCCCGCCCCCCCCCCGCCCCCCCCCCCCCCCCCGCCCCCCCCCCCCCCCCCCCCCCGCCCCCCCCCCGCCCCCCCCCCCCCCCCCCCCCCCCCGCCCCCCCCCCCCCCCCCCCCCCGCCCCCCCCCGCCCCCCCCCCCGCCCCCCCCCCCCCCCCCCCCCCCGCCCCCCCCCCCCCCCCCCGCCCCCCCCCCCCGCCCCCCCCCCCCCCCCCCCCCCCCCCCCCCCGCCCCCCCCCCCCCGCCCCCCCCCCGCCCCCCGCCCCCCCCCCCCCCCCCGCCCCCCCCCCCCCCCGCCCCCGCCCCCCCCCCGCCCCCCCCCCCCCCCCCCCCCCCCCCCGCCCCCCCCCCCCGCCCGACCCCCCCGACCCCC